UUUUAUAUGGGGAUCCUGAUGUUUUUCUUAAUUUACGGGAUUGGUUCUUUAAAUCUUGUUCCUCGGGAGAGUCUGAAAGAUUCGCACAUGCGUUGCCCUGCCAACACGGUUUUGCCUACUCCUAGUCUCGAGCUUUAACUAAAUAAUCCUAAUUUGUUUGCAUUAAAUAAUGUACCCAUUUGCCUACUUUGUAAUUUUCUUAUAGAUUAAUUUUUUUCUUUAUAAUUUGUUUAAUCUAUUUAAUUUAACAAAUUUUUUGUUUUUCAGUUUUUUGAUUAGAAAAUGGCAAAUUUACCCGUUUCUUCUUUAAUCCGUCAAGGAGGACCAUUUGGCACAGAAGAUGGAAUCGAAAGUGGGAAACGAAAAUCUAAGGAUGAGUACAGAAAACAAAAAGAUUUGGAAGAACAACGAAAAGCUGGCACAGCCCCUGCAAUGGUUGACACAGAAACUGGACGUGAUAUUAAUCCACACAUUCCUGAAUUUAUUGAAAAAGCACCUUGGUAUAUACCACAUAGUGGUCCUACUUUAAAGCAUCAACGUCCUCAACCUGAUCGUCAAAAAGAAUAUAAUCUGAUUUCGGAGUGGUAUCCUAAAGGAACAACUGAUCGUGUUGCUUUCAAAUACCGGGAAGGUGCCUGUGAAAAUUGUGGAGGAAUGGGUCAUCGUAAAAAAGAUUGUUUUGAGAAGCCGCGUGUUGUCGGUGCCAAAUGGUCCAACACAAACAUCGCCCCAGACGAUCACACUCUCCCUAAACUUUCUUUGGAUUGGGAUGCUAAACGAGACCGAUGGAACGGUUAUAAUGCUGACGAUUAUAAAUUUGUUGUCCAAGAAUAUGAAAAAAUGGAUGAGACCCGAAAACUUAUUAGAGCAGAGCAAUUAAAAGGAACUGAGGAAGAAAAAAAUUUAGAACAAGAUGAGGACAUCUACGCGGAAGAUGCUUCCGCACCAGGACAAUCAGUUGAUAUGGAUUCGAGGACGCGUAUUACAGUUCGAAAUUUAAGAAUUCGCGAAGAUACUGCGAAGUAUUUGCACAAUUUGGAUACAAAUGGGCCUUUUUAUGAUCCAAAAAGUCGAUCUAUGAGAGAGAAUCCGUUUAAGGACAUGCCAGGAAAAGAACAAGAAGCAGCUCAAUAUGCUGGUGAAAAUUUUAUGCGUUAUACAGGCGAAGUUGCAGAAGCAAAUGAAGCACAAGUUUUUGCAUGGCAAGCGCGUUGUAAAGGAAUUGACAUUCAUUCACUUGCUGAACCUACACGAUUGGAAUCGCUUAAAAGAGAAUUUGAGCAACAAAAAGAACAAAAUAAAUCUAGUGUGCAAAAUGAAUUGUUGGAAAAAUAUGGAGGAGAAGAGCAUCUUAGCGCCCCAUCAAAAGAACUGCUUCUUGCACAAUCAGAAAAUUAUGUUGAAUAUAAUCGUAAAGGAAAAGUGAUUAAAGGGGAUGAAGGCCCUGCAGUAAAAAGCAAAUAUGAGGAGGAUGCUUUAAUAAAUAAUCACACUUCUGUUUGGGGUUCUUAUUGGCGUGAUGGUCGUUGGGGUUAUCGUUGUUGUCAUCAAUUUUUGCGUAAUUCUUAUUGUCUUGGUGAGCAAGGAAUUUUGGUUGAACAAGCAGAAUUGGGGCCUUCUGGGGCAGCUAAAUUUCCUUCAAUUGAACAACAAAAAUCAACAAAAACUUUACAGCCUUCUGAUGCAAUGCAAAAUGCAAUUAAAAAUGUUUUUGAAGGAAAUGAAGGAAGUUCUAGUCAAGUGAAUAAAAAUGAAAAGGAAGAUUCUCCAGAUGUUAAAAGUGUUGCUAAUUCAAAUUCUGACAAUGAGGAGGAAUCUGAAGACGAUGAAAAUGCUGAAGAUGAUAUUGAACUUGAUGAAGAAGAAUUACGUCUUUAUGAAGAACAAUUGGAAAAUGAGAAAAAGAAAAAAUUGCGUGAUGAAAAACGUCGGGAAACAAAACGAAAAAAGCGAAAAAAUAAAAAAGAAAAGGCAAAACAACGAAAAGAUGGUGGAGAAAAACGUAAGAGACGUAGAAAGAGCAGUUCUUCCUCUUCUAGUAGUAAUUCUGAUGAAGAAAAUGGGGAUUCUACGUCUGAUGGUAAUGAUAAGUUUUGCUUAAAAUAA